AAAGAGAAGAUGAUAAACGAGAGAUGGCAGUUUGUUCAUCUUCAUCGCUCUCUGUUUUCUCACCCAAUUCACUUCCCAAAACCAGUUAUAACUCUGAGCCCUCUGUAAUCAAUGUCAAACCAAGCAAAGCUUCUUAUAAUAUCCGACCGUGCGCAAAUUCCUGUAGUCGAAGGGGGUUCAGGAAGUUGAAUGCGGGUGGGGAGCUGCAUUUCAUCGAGCCAGACCUCAACGAAGACCCGGUUGACCGUUGGGCCACUCCUGGUAUCAGCCCUGAAGAUUUUAUAUAUGGAGAGUAUGAUGGACACCAUACUUUCUUCGAAACCGAUGACAGAGGAUCGUUUUGGGGGCAAAUUGCUGAAGACAUUAGGGCCGUAGAACCGCCAACAGGCUUUCAAGGAUUUAUAUCAUGGGCUUUCCUCCCUGCAGUUGCUGCAGCAAUGUAUUUCAACGUUCCGGGGGAUUACUUGUUCAUUGGAGCGGCUUUGUUUGUUACAAUUUUCACAAUAAUUCAGAUGGAUAAGCCGGCCAAACCCCACAACUUUGAGCCCGAGAUAUACAAUAUGGAAAGGGGAGCUCGUGACAAGUUAAUCAAUGCCUAUAACACCAUGAACAAGUGGGAAUUCAAUGAGAAAUAUGGACACCUCUGGGAUUUCACUCAGAAGAUGGACGAAAAGACAAUUAGAGAGUUAAUGUCCUCUGAUGAAUAGGGAUUGUGAUUGUUACUCUAUAGGCAGCAUUAGAAUGCGAAGUAUAAGUUGGAAAAAUGUUCACUCUAUCUUGUUAUUUUGCAGACUAUGAAGUCAAUGAGUAGCUCAUGGAUCAUAGAGUUAAUGUCGAUCAAGUUUAAGAUAUAAUGUUUGUUGCAGGCUAUAAAGAAGUGUCAAAUAGGAGCCUUGCCAGAAAAUUUGUCAAGGUCAAAGGUCAUUUUGAUUGGAUAAUCUAAAGCUUUCAUCACUUUUGUACAAAAAAUUUGUAAAUAUGAAAUUGACCACAUUACUUUUGGAUCUUCA